AUGCCACAGAAAUCACGAUGGAGCGUUUCCGUUCCGAAGAUAGACAUUCCCACUUAUCUCUUCGGGUCCCCUACAGCUCCUCUAGGCGAUGCUGUCGCCUUUGCUGACGCUGAAGACCCAGAGGCGCUGUGCAUGACCUGGACCGAGCUCCGCCUCUGGUCACAGCGUUUAGCCGCGGGAUUAAAAGCAGCGGGAUUAAAUGAAGGUGACCGAGUCGUUAUCCUUAGCGGCAAUGAUAUUCUAUUCCCCGUUGUCAACCUCGGCAUUAUCAUGGCCAGUGGCAUAUACCAAUCCGCGAAUCCGCACUCCAAUGCCCACGAGUUGGCGUACCAACUCAGCCUCACUAAGCCAAGCUUCAUGAUGGCGAGCGAGGCAACUCUAGCCUGCGCUCUGGAGGCUGCCAAAAUGGUAGGCAUGGAGCGGGAACGUGUUUUCGUGUUUAACAAUGCUCCACUCAUCAAGGAAGGCGGUGGCGAUGAUAAUAUUGAACUUGAAGUAAAGCAUUGGAAGCACUUACUGGCGCCUAAAGAAAUGGGUAGGCGCUUCAUUUGGAAGAAAUUGAACCCGGGAGAAUCGAAGUCGACAACCGCCUAUGUGAUAAUGACAUCUGGAACCACUGGUCUUCCAAAGGCAGCGGAAGUAUCGCAUCAUGGCAUUCUCGCAAAUUGUGUACAGACUGAUUUUGUGAUGAGCCUCGAUCCCAACCUCCGCACGACAGAACAGGCGGCUAGAAAUUCGAGGUGGCUAUGCGCAAUACCACUGUACCACGGUCUGGCGCUAUGCUAUUUCUGCACCAUAUCCAUCGCCAGACGGGUUCCCUCAUACAUCAUGCGGCAGUACGAGAUCAACCGUAUGCUGGAAAACAUUCAGAGAUUUCGGAUCACGGAGUUGCACCUAGUACCGCCCAUCAUCGUGGCCAUGACCAAACAUUCUGCUGUGAAGAGUGGAAAGUAUGACAUCAGCAGCGUCACCAAAUCUUUCUCGUGCGCAGCACCGUUAGGUCCAGCACCAACUCUUCAAUAUGAGUCGCUUUGGCCCAAAGGACACGUAAACGUCAAGCAGGGCCUUGCGUCAACCGAAUCCUGCUGCAAUACUCUAGGCUGGGAUCCUACCCUAACGGCAGUGGCCGGCUCUGUUGGCGAGCCCAUGCCCAACUGUGAGAUCAAGCUGAUGGAUGAUGAGGGGAGUGAGGUUGCGCGAGGCCAAAGUGGGGAGAUAUGGUUCCGUGGUCCGAACAUUAUGAAGGGUUACUGGCAAAACAAAAAGGCGACCGAUGAGACGAUUACUCCAGAUGGAUGGCUAAGGACAGGAGAUGUGGCGCGCCAGGAUGAGAAUGGGUGGUACUAUGUCGUGGAUCGAAAGAAGGCAAGUCAUGGCGUCCAGGUCUGGCCCGCUGAGCUUGAAGCACUCCUUCUUGAUCACCCGGCCAUCAAUGACGCCGCCGUCAUCGGCGUGAGAAAGGGCGAUGAGGAGUACCCUCGUGCCUAUGUUGUGGCAGCACCAGGAGCUUCAGUCUCCGUGGACGACAUCCUGCAAUUCAUCAACAGCAAGGUCUCAACGAUAAAGAGACUCACAGGUGGAGUCGUCUUUGUCGAUACCAUCCCCAAAUCUCCGUCUGGGAAGAUUUUGCGACGAGCUAUCAGAGACGCUAUCGUAAACAACUCAAGAUUAUAA